AUGCCUUCCACAAACGUUGCUGAAGUGCCGGUCCCACCGGUGGUGUAUGGCACUGUAGAUCCACUUCUUAAACUCCUAACAGCGUUCCCGGUACCUCAACUGCUAUCCACAUCUGCACCACUACCAGAAACCUCAUUAUUAUCAUUAUCAUCAUCAUCUUCUUCACCUCUUAGGGAUUCCGGUGUGGCUUGUGGUGUAAACGAAACUUCUGAUGAUGAUAUUGCACAGGCGACACUAGAGGCCGCCCGUACUCUUAUGGUCUCCAGUAGUUACAUGUCACUCUGUCGCUCUACUGGCGAUAAUAGAAUGGGAAACAGUAACCACAAUAUGGACAAACUCUCACCCCUGGCCCAACGCAUUCACAAGGGUCUACAAGAAAUGGAAGAAGAACAUCUUAGUGGCAUUGGUAACAUGAAGACUAUUGAUGCCUCAUCUAAGGAUGAAAGAUGGUCACACAAUAAAGAUUAUCAUAUGACGCUGCGUCCUCGGAAUAUCCCGUGCAACGAAAGAAAAAGUGAUAUCAAGGAUGAUGUAAAAAAAAAAGAGAAAAAGGAAAAUAAUCUUAUUCAUCUACCUCCUGUUGUGAUUCAAAAAGCAGAAUUGGAACGUGCCCAGCAGAAGACGGAGAUGUGCUGCCACUUAACUAUUUCUAAUAUUAUAGAAGGUGGUUUAAAAGACGCUAAUUCCCUUGAAAGUUUACUCGGCAUGUUAUCUAGUACUGCACAACCAUUUAAAGACAUUAGUGGAGAUCGUCUGACGUUGUUUAUAUCUUCGUUGGUGGUCCCACUAGUGGCGGAUGAGAUGGAUAUAUCUACCGCAGUUAUGAAACAGGCUGUAGCAUGUUGUGCAUGUAUUUCUCAUCCAUCUUUUGAACUCUCCAUUCUACCAGAGGACAUUAUUGAUAAUCUCAUAACUAUUCUUGCUGGAGUUCUUCGUCGUGUUAUGAAACGCUUAUCAGGGCGUUUACAAAAUGAUUUAAAUAACCACAACAGUAACAAAAAUAGUAGCAGUAAUAAUAACCAGACAGAUUUAGAGACUCUUCGAGCUAUGCUGGAUAGUUUUACUUUGAGUGUGACUGAAAUGAGAUUAGAUGUUUGUGUACACGGGGAUUUACUUCGAUUAGAAGAUCUUUGUUUUCAAUGCCUCUUUGUUAUUAACAAUGGCUGCGGACGACAGGAGGCUACAAACUAUGCUGCGUAUGUAAUAAGUCAUGCAGUAGAUCUUUACCGCUGUAUAUGGAACCGAUUGGAAAUACAACGUGAUACAGUUUGGACAAGUUUCUUUUCACGACUACCACUUGGUGAGAAUCUGCUACUUCGUUUAUAUAUGCUUCCAUCUGGUGUGAGGAUAAUGCCUCUCACAGCGGCUGUAAUGGCUGCUGCACAAUCUAUUCCUAUCUCCUCCAAUGUUAUCACAAAGAGUAUGGUAGAUCGUUUUCAACAGCAAUGCCAAAUAUGGUCAACAAUGUUUUUUCAACACUUUCUUCUUGAAGAACGUGAAGAAAAAAAAGAACGUGAUCUUUGUAGUACCAUUGUGCUUCAAUUUUGUGAAGAUUUAGCAUACAUGGUAGGACUUCCAGAAUACCCUGCUGCAGAUAUUUUAUUACGUUGUUUUCUUGUAAGUUUUAUGCAAUUUUGUUUUCGCUCAUCCAAUGCAGAAAACGAACCUAUUUCACUGUUACAAGGACUUCGAGCAGUAUUUGUAGAUGCUGUUUUUCGCGUUUCAUGUGUUCUCUUUGGUGUCGCACAGAAAAAACUUCAAAUCUCCAAUAUUCCUGAUGACUGUGUUCUUUCAGCUGCCCAACUUAAUCAAUGGAGAGAGCUUACUCAUUCUGAGGAGAAGAAGAAGAAAAAGAAUACCUCUGAAGAAGAAGAAGAAGAAGAAAAAGAAGAGUCACAGAUAUCUGGUGAGGAAAUGCAGCGAGCUCUGCUAUAUAUGGCUCUUUCACGCUCCGUUAAUGAUUCUACAAUUGAGAAUGCUGCUUCAUUUUUUCAUAUACGAGCUGCACACAUCUUUACAUGGGCAUUGCGUAAUAAUAAUAAUCUUCAUCUUCCGGAUGCUGCACUAGAUUCAUUAGUGCGUACGAAGCAUGUUGUUGAUGGUGGAUUAACACUUGACUGGGAUACACUGCAUGCAUGCAGUAUGCAAUUGUGUGCAGCAUCUGAAAACUCACUCUUAAGCCCGAAGGCGAAGGAACGACUUCCAGCAUGGCUCUUGUCAGUAUUUCAAGUACGAGAUGAUCAAUAUAAUGCUGGUAUAGAAGCUGCACGUAAAAAGGCAUUGGGUCAUGUAGCGAAGUUAACUGCUUUGUACCCACCGUUACUGGAAAAGAUUUGGCCUAUAGCUCGACGCUGUGUACGUGAAGAUAAUGCACGUGUACGUGAGGGUAUUAUUCCACUUCUUCUCACGUUAUUCACAGAAACAUGUAAAAAUGGUGCACAUGCCGCUACUGUUGAGGAAACCGCUACAGAUGUUAUUAGUUCUCUUCUACAUCUUCUUGCUGACCGUAGUGUUACGGUAGUCACUCGCGCUAUUGCAGCACUUGACACACUUCUCACAGAUGCCCCAUUUAAAUCCCUAUUAGAUAGCCUUACAGUGGGAGAGCAAUUAUUAACGUUUACAGAAUCUAAGCUACUUUUGAUGAUGGGACCUGCAAAGGAGAGUCGUCAUCAAAAUGACGUCAUCCGCCUUUUUCUCCGUCGCUGGGUUGGACAAGAGCCCACAGACAUUGCCGCCCAUCACACACACACACAAGUGGCGAGAGAACUCACCCGACUUAUUCUUACUCACAUGUCGUACCCAUACGAGGUAACAGAGUCCUUGCAUCUCGUUGCCCUACUCAGUGGAAUGCAGCGAAUGGUGUCGGAGCGGGAGACGGCGGUGAAACGCACAACACGACACAGUUUGGUGGACAGUCAGGAACUGCGCGGUGUGUUGAUUGGUGUUGCGAAAGUAUUAUGGGCCGAACAUCAGCGACUCACACCGGCACCACAGGCCGCCGCAGCGUUAGCGGCUAUUCAUGCACUUGCCAUUGCCUGCAGUGAGUGGGUCAUACCGCUGCUGGAAGUACUCGCAGAGGCACUUGUUCAGCCGCUGCCAGUCGGUGCUGCCGAACGAGAGGCGGCGGGAAUUACACUAUUGCAUGUUUGUCGUAUUUUGAGAAGAGUGCUUAUGGCACCACGUCCACCACCACUUUCACUGGAUCAACUGGCUCGUGCUCUUACAGCACUACUCUCCAAGUACGUAGGACCACAUCAACAACAAAUUCUCCUAUCUGCUAGUGGAGUGUUAACAGCAGCCAUAACAUGCGGUACUGAUAAAUUAUCAAACCAUGUAAAUACAAAGUACCUUACACUUUGUUAUUCUCUUAUGAAUGCCUACUAUGUACGUACCAUGUCUCUUCUUGGAUCACUUCAGACGGACCCACAAAGUGUCGCAUAUACGCUGCGUUUCCUUUUUCUUCUUUCAGAAUUUUUACGAUUGUAUCCAGGAUGGAAGAAUCACCAUCCCGAGCUUACAGAAGAAACAGCUGUCAGUGGUUCUGGUGUACCAAACCAACUUGCACGUGGUAAUGGUAUUUGUGCAAAUGUCUAUACAGUGGUAGAACAAGUAUUACAUCAGUCUCCAGAUGAGACACAAAAAAAGACAGCUGUUAUUGUACUUCGUGUAUUGGCAUCUCUUUGCAUGUUGCAGCCUACUGUAUUUCUUUACCGUUGUGAACCUCACCUUCGCCGUGCCUUGGAUUCCGCUGCGGAUAUCUCUUUACAAAUUCAAGGUCUUGUUCUUAUUCGUGAUUUCUUAAAGGAUGAGGACGCACGUGUUGACUAUGCGGCAUCAAUGAAUGCUCCUGUACCUCCAACAGCAGCAUCACCAUCAUCAUCAACAUCAUCUCCACCUCUUCCUCCUCAAGGUACACCUCCACGUUCCUCUUUACCUAAUGAUCGAAAACGAAAAAGACGUGAAGAACUUAACGUAGUGGCCGCUCCAUGUGUGGAAGAGCAAAAUAGUGGUAUGGCAACUUGGGUUAUGCAACAAUUUCAUGGUGAAGUAUUACAAUUGUGUGAGAGCAGUUCGGUAGCGGUGAGACAGCUGGCUUUUGAGGUACUUCAACUGUGUGCCCAAGGAGGUUUGUUGCCUCCAUCAAAGUACGCUAGUGCGUUGGUGGUCAUCGCAGCAGAUCCACAGAAUAAUGUGAUGCGACAAGCUGCUGUGGAGUGUUUAAAAGAACAUAGUGAACGAUACCCAGAUAUUAUCGCUGCCAACGCUGCAACUGGAGUAGUUAGGACCUUUGAACUACAUGAUGUUUGUGGAUUAAAUGUACUUCGCAGUGCUUUAGUAGCAGAUAAUGGAUUACAAGCAGAGGAAUGUGUUCAUGCACACCUCUUCACAUCACUACGCAAACGUCACCGAGAUGCCGUUCUCUCUUCAAUUAUACGUUACUUUUACCAAGAAGGACGUGCAAGACAGUGGUUACAAGAUCAUUGCAACAUCAAAAGUACUAGGACAGAUGAUCCUGAAGAGUUAGCACGCAAUCCAUUUCCUUUUCUGGCACAUUUGUCGUUUAUUCUGGCUUACAUUCCCUACACUGUUGAGAGUGAUGUGCUACAUGUACUCAGUAGUUGUCGUGCAGCAUUAGAUAUGAUUGGACAAAGUUGUCUUGAUUUUGUUGAAGCACAGCGAAAUAUGUUACGAUCUAAGAAGUCUUCACAGAGGGGAUCAGGAAGGAAUAGCAUUAAAAAUAUGGGAAUAUUUGAUACUUCUGUUGAGUGGUGGAAAUGUUUUGGGAUUCUUUGUAUUUCUCAUAUUUGUAUUUUAUUGCGAACGGAGUAUGGUCUAAACGCGGCAAAAUUAAAACGACUCGCAAUUCGCCGCAGUACCGUUUCUCAUCACACGACUACUCUUCCACGACGUGAGCCACACAGUGCGGCUUCUCAAGCGUUCCAGCAGCGAAUGGCAGCACUUGUGCAGAAAGCCACACCAUUGUGGGAAUGUAAUGCAGAUCCGAAGAGUCGCCUGGCUGCUGUGGAGGAAAUGCACGCUGCCCUCACGGUGGUGGUAUUGCAAGAGGCAGCCGUACGUGAAGAAGAAGAAGAGGAGGAAAAGGAGAAGGAUUCAAUCCUGCACAGUGGAGGGAAUAGUAGUGGUAAGAAAAAAAGACCCAGGGGAUCAAAAGGUACGCCCAGAGAAAAGACAACAGAGAUGGAUGAGGAAAGAGAACCACAAGAGCAGCAGAAGCGAGUACAGAGGAAACGGGGACCCCAACGGGUUGCGAAGAGAGUUUUUAAAAGAAGCAGUAGUAGUAGUAGUAGUAGUAGUAGUAGUGGUAGUGGUAGAGUAAGUAACAGCAGUUCCUCGUCGUAUUCUUCUUCUGGUGAUGAUGACUCUGAUGACAACCACUCCAGUAACAGAAGAAAUACAGAUGCCUUUGACAGAGAAUAA